AUUAAAAAUGGCAAAGUACAUUUUACAUCAGAUGCAGGAAUUGCUGGGAAAGUGGAGAGAAAUAUUCCUGAAGUUUAUGUUGCAGAUGGCCACUGGCAUACUUUUCUAAUCGGAAAAAAUGGAACAGCCACAGUACUGUCCAUCGACAGAAUAUAUAACAGAGAUAUCAUCCACCCUACACAGGAUUUUGGUGGCCUCGAUGUACUCACUAUAUCUCUUGGAGGAAUUCCACCCAAUCAAGCUCAUCGAGAUUCCCACACAGGUUUUGAUGGCUGCAUUGCCUCUAUGCUGUAUGGUGGAGAAAGUCUUCCUUUCAGUGGGAAGCAUAGCUUGGCCUCCAUCUCUAAGACGGACCCCUCAGUAAAGAUUGGCUGUCGCGGCCCGAACAUCUGUGCCAGCAACCCCUGCUGGGGCGACUUACUGUGCAUUAAUCAGUGGUAUGCCUACAAGUGCGUUCCCCCUGGAGACUGUGCCUCCCACCCAUGCCAGAAUGGGGGCAGCUGCGAGCCGGGCCUGCACUCUGGCUUCACAUGUAGCUGCCCAGAGUCCCACACAGGGAGGACCUGUGAGACGGUGGUGGCUUGUCUUGGGGUCCUCUGUCCUCAGGGGAGAGUGUGCAAAGCUGGAAGCCCUGGAGGGCAUGUCUGUGUUCUGAGUCAGGGUCCCGAAGAGAUCUCCCUGCCUCUGUGGGCUGUGCCUGCCAUCGUGGGCAGCUGUGCGACAGUCCUGGCCCUCCUGGUCCUGAGCCUGAUUCUGUGUAACCAGUGCAGGGGGAAGAAGACAAAAGACCCCAAAGAGGAGAAGAAACCGAAGGAGAAGAAGAAGAAGGGAAGCGAGAACGUUGCUUUUGAUGACCCAGACAAUAUCCCCCCCUACGGGGACGAUAUGACUGUGAGGAAGCAGCCCGAGGGGAACCCUAAGCCAGAUAUCAUUGAGCGGGAAAACCCCUACCUCAUCUACGAUGAGACUGAUAUUCCCCACAGCUCAGAAACCAUCCCCAGCGCCCCUUUGGCUUCGCCGGAGCAAGAGAUAGAGCACUACGACAUCGACAACGCCAGCAGCAUCGCCCCUUCAGACGCGGACAUCAUCCAACACUACAAGCAGUUCCGCAGCCACACACCUAAAUUUUCUAUCCAGAGGCAUAGUCCCCUAGGCUUUGCGAGGCAAUCCCCCAUGCCCUUAGGAGCAAGCAGUUUGACUUACCAACCUUCAUACGGUCAGGGUUUGAGAACCAGCUCCCUGAGCCAUUCAGCUUGCCCAACCCCCAACCCCCUGUCUCGUCACAGCCCAGCCCCUUUCUCAAAGUCCUCUACUUUCUAUAGGAACAGCCCCGCCAGGGAAUUGCAUCUUCCUAUAAGAGAUGGAAAUACUUUGGAAAUGCAUGCUGAUACCUGCCAACCUGGCAUUUUCAACUAUGCCACAAGGCUGGGAAGGAGAAGUAAGAGUCCUCAGGCCAUGACCUCUCACGGUUCUAGACCAGGGAGUCGCUUAAAGCAGCCAAUUGGGCAGAUUCCUUUGGAAUCUUCCCCUCCAGUAGGACUCUCGAUUGAAGAGGUGGAGAGGCUAAACACCCCUCGCCCUAGAAACCCAAGUAUCUGCAGUGCAGAUCACGGAAGGUCUUCUUCAGAAGAGGAUUGCAGAAGGCCAUUGUCCAGAACAAGGAACCCAGCAGAUGGCAUUCCAGCUCCAGAAUCUUCUUCUGAUAGUGACUCACAUGAGUCUUUCACUUGCUCAGAGAUGGAGUAUGACAGGGAAAAGCCAAUGGUAUAUACUUCCAGGAUGCCCAAAUUAUCUCAAGUCAAUGAAUCUGAUGCAGAUGACGAAGAUAAUUAUGGAGCCAGAUUGAAGCCUAGAAGAUACCAUGGCCGAAGGGCUGAGGGAGGACCUGGGGGCACACAGGCAGCAGCACCAGGGGUUGCUGACAACACACUGCCCUUGAAACUUGGGCAGCAAGCAGGGAAUUUCAACUGGGACAACCUUUUGAACUGGGGCCCCGGCUUUGGCCAUUAUGUAGAUGUUUUUAAAGAUUUGGCAUCUCUCCCAGAAAAAGCAGCAGCAAACGAAGAAGGCAAGAAUGGGACAGCUAAGCCCGUCCCCAAAGAUGGGGAAGCAGAGCAGUAUGUGUGAACUUUAUGUACUGGCAUUGGAAAAACAGAAAAACAAGGAACACUCAAACCGUUGUAAGGUUGCCGACGAAGGGGUAUUCCAUUUGCGAAAGAGGCCAGUAUGGACUGGUGUUGGAGGGAAACUUUAAAAAAUAAUAACCACAAUGCUGCUGAAACAGACUCCAAACAAGUCUUUAAUUUAAAUAUGCUUGGUUGAAUUUCUUUUCCUGCAUGCAUCGUAUUUUGUAACUAGUCAUGUGGCAUGCAGCAUUCGGAAAGUUUUUUUUCUUAUUUACCAAUGUUUGAUUUGUGAUUUUUGAAAUGAAUACCGUUGCCAUUGCAGAAAUGAAUUUGUGCUUUCACAGUGGGGUAUGUGUAUUGUUUCCAUUGUGUUAUCAUCCUUAUGUUUUGCAUUGCAAGAUCCUUGGGGUUUAACCAAUCCUUGUAAAGUGUAGAAAGAGCCUUCCUCUUCUUGAAUGAAAGACUAGGUAUUAACACUUUCCAGAGCUAUAGAUUCCAUAUUUGAUGUUGCUCAGAAAUGUCUGAUAUUUGAGUAGGUUUUAGACAGUGGGUACUAAAAUUAAGUCAUUUUGUUCGGCACUUUAGAAGUUUCUUACAAAAUUGUGUUAAAACUUCCGAAUCUCUCUCUCUCUCUCUCUCGCUCUCUCUCUCUCUCUUUUUGUGAACAAUUAUGGUCAUCUGACUUUCAUCAGGCUUCCAAUAGGAACAAAAUGACUGCUUAUUAUCCUUAGAACACUGCUCCCUUCCUACCGUGGAAUGAUGUUCUCAGCAGCGCUUCUCAGAGACACUUUUAGAAGUUAUUUAUUGAAAAUGUUCUAUGCUUUUAAAAUUUUAAAGAAUCGACCUAAAGAAAGCUUAUGAUUGGACUUUUCAGCCAUUUGAAGUUUACCCCAAGUACCCAGUUUUUAUAAUUUAUAUAAAGUCAAAUUUCAACUCUUCUUUCUUUCUGUCAUUUUGUAGAUCAUUUUUUAAUACAGUGUAAAAACUUUUUUUUACACCUAAGCUGUGUUUUUGAUACUGAUAUUUUCCUAUGCUGAAAAGUUUUCUUACUUUCAGGGAAGGUAAGAAAAUACUUUUUUUACAUUUGUUACUUAUGUAACGUUCAUAUUUUUCACAUUUUGAUAUUUGUAACAUACUGUAUGCUUUCUACUUGUAAAUGCCAACAAUAGAAUUAAAAUAUUUAUUUAA